CUCAAAGCGUCAUAGAAGAAAGAGUCGGGUCAGGUUUAGAUAUCAUCGAGGCAAUAGCAUCAUGUCGGGACUGCAAAUUCAUCGAGUGUAUUCAUAAUUGUUUUGCUCCUCUCAAUAUGCAGUGACAUGUUUCUCCUCGUUUGACGCUCUCUUUGCGUGAGUAAAAUCGCACUCUUCACUGGCGAACAGGCCGGAGAGUGGACCUCGGACAUCCAAUCACAUUGGAUUUGAUCAUAAUCGUCAAUUGGCAGCGCCACUAUUAUUCCCGACCCAGCACCAAGCAACCAAGCACUUCUUUGACCUGAGAAUAGAGACGUCAACACUCCGACAGAGCUCUCAAUCGGCCGCCACAGCAUUUGUUGCUGCAUCCCCUUCCCUCCACAUCGUCAGAUUCCGUCGGGACGACACGAUGCUGCGACAUUCUCUGGCUCGUUCGGCUUGGCGGACCACCAGGCAUGCCGCCAAUGCCACGAGAGCCUUUUCCGCGACUGCUCAGAGGCCCGCCGAGGUCGAGCUUACCAUUGACGGAAAGAAGGUCUCGAUAGAAGCUGGAUCCGCCUUGAUCCAGGCAUGCGAGAAGGCCGGAGCCACCGUCCCUAGAUAUUGCUACCAUGAAAAACUAAUGAUUGCGGGUAACUGCCGUAUGUGCCUGGUCGAAGUCGAGAGGGCCCCCAAGCCCGUUGCAUCAUGCGCAUGGCCCGUCCAGCCCGGCAUGGUCGUCAAGACCAACUCGCCACUCACACACAAGGCCCGUGAAGGUGUCAUGGAGUUCCUGCUCGCAAACCACCCUCUGGACUGCCCUGUCUGUGACCAAGGUGGUGAGUGUGAUCUUCAGGACCAGUCCAUGCGAUACGGCGGCGACAGAGGCCGGUUCCACGAGAUUGGCGGCAAGCGUGCUGUCGAGGACAAGAACAUCGGUCCCCUCAUCAAGACUUCCAUGAACAGAUGUAUCCACUGCACGAGGUGUAUCCGAUUCGCCAACGAUAUCGCCGGCGCCCCUGAGAUGGGUUCUUUCGGACGUGGCAACGACAUCCAAAUCGGCACCUACCUCGAGAAGAACCUCGACUCCGAAAUGUCCGGCAACGUCAUCGAUUUGUGCCCCGUUGGUGCUCUCACCUCCAAGCCUUACGCGUUCCGUGCCAGACCUUGGGAAUUGAAGAAGACCGAGUCUAUCGAUGUCCUGGACGGUUUAGGCUCCGCUAUUCGCGUCGACUCGAGAGGUCUGGAAGUUAUGCGUGUGAUUCCUCGCCUGAACGACGACGUCAACGAGGAGUGGAUCAACGACAAGACGAGAUUCGCCUGUGAUGGUCUCAAGACCCAGAGACUCACCAUGCCCUUGGUUCGACGUGACGGCAAGUUCGAGCCUGCCUCUUGGGAGCAGGCCCUGACAGAGAUCGGUGCUGCCUACAAGGGCCUCGAUGUCAAGGGAGACGAGUUCAAGGCCAUCGCUGGUGCUUUGACCGAGGUCGAGUCCCUGGUCGUCAUGAAGGAUCUGGCCAACAAGCUGGGCUCCGAGAACUUGACCAUCGAUGUCCCUGCUGGUAAAGGGCCUAUCGCUCACGGCGUGGAUGUGCGAUCUAACUACGCCUUCAACUCCCUCAUCUGGGGUGUUGAGGAUGUCGACGCACUACUUCUUGUCGGUACCAAUACCAGACAUGAGGCCGCUAACUUGAACGCUCGUAUCCGCAAGCAGUGGAUGCGCUCAGACCUCGAGAUCGGUGUUGUCGGCGAGACUUGGGAGUCGACUUUCGAGUUCGAGCACCUUGGUGCCGACUUCGCUGCCCUCAAGAAGGCUUUGGCCGGUCCCUUUGGCAAGAAGCUCCAGGGAGCCAAGAAGCCCAUGAUCGUUGUUGGCUCUGGUGUCACUGACCACCCCGAUGCCAAGGCUUUCUAUGAGCUUAUCGGUACCUUCGUCGACAAGAAUGCUGCAAACUUCUUGACUGCCGAGCACAACGGUUACAAUGUCCUGCAAAGAGAGGCUUCGAGAGCUGGUGCUUUCGAGGUUGGCUUCGUUCCUCCUUCCACCGCCGUCGCCGAGACCAAGCCCAAGAUGGUCUGGUUGCUAGGUGCUGAUGAGUUCGCUGAUGCCGACAUCCCCAAGGACGCCUUCAUUAUCUACCAAGGCCACCACGGCGACCGAGGUGCCCAGAUCGCCGAUAUCGUUCUGCCCGGCGCUGCUUACACAGAAAAGGCCGGUACUUACGUCAACACCGAGGGACGUGUCCAGAUGACCCGUGCCGCUACAUCAUUACCAGGUGCUGCCCGCACUGACUGGAAGAUCCUCCGCGCUGCUUCGGAGUUCCUUGGUGCCCCUCUGCCGUACGACGAUGUCGCCAUGGUUCGUGACAGAGCAGCAGAAAUCAGCCCAGCGCUCACCGUGUACGAUGUCGUUGAGCCAGCCUCGUUGACGCAGCUCAGCAAGGUUCAGCUGGUGGAUCAGAACAAGGGCUCAAAGCCAAGCGGCGAGCCCUUGAAGAAGGUUAUUCAAGAUUUCUAUUUCACAGAUGUCAUCUCCAGAAGCUCGCCGACAAUGGCACGUUGCUCCGCUGCAAAGGCGACCGGCAACCCCCUUACAGACUUCAUGGCAUCCGGUAUGGGCGACGAGAACAAGCCCAUGGGUCAGGUCGCUUACGGUGUAUGAGAGGGCGUUAUAGUAUAGAGAAGACAGUGGAUGAAAACGAGACCAUCACAAUGCGAUUUCGAGGCUAGGUUUGCUUUCCCUUUGUUACAUCAUUGGUCUCGCAUUGUAUGUACUGUACAUAUAGGAUGACAACGGCGGGGUAGAAUGAGAAGGUACAUAAAUGUUCUGGCUCGUUGGCCGCUAUGCAAUGUGAUACUGAGGUUAUGCUGCUGUGUUUGAAUACACCUCCAUUGACUUACCAGGCCAGGAAUGAGUUUUAUGAUGCCCGG